CAGGGCACAACUGGUGGGAGAUUGACCAAGUAUUUCUGCUUUUCUUCUCGCACUUUUCUUCCACAUUUUUUUUUUGGGGGGGGGAGAGAAUUCUCUGCCCAGUAAAGACUUAAAGCAAGGCUGCAGGUUUUAGCAAAGAAAAAGGCUUUUUUAUUUCUAUUAUUUAUUAUUAUUUUUUUGCUUGUAUUAUUUUUUAUUAUUAUUUUUGUUUUCAGGAAUUUUCAAGACCCUUUUCUGGAUUUACUGUGCACGAAACACCAGGACAGACGCUUGUGAUCUAGAACACAUAGGCUCUGACUCUUUCUACCUGUUCUAGACUUUGCACCAUAGACUUGGCUGCAGCAACAGGUACAAUCCGAGCGGUUCCUGCUGUUUGGAGACUGCAGCUGCUGCAGAAUACACCUUUUUGCAUUUAUUUUGCACUCAUUAUUUACAGUGCAUCCCUGUUUUUGCACCAGGGAAGGGGACUGCAUUGCUUUUUUUUUUUUAGGGAUUACAUUUAUUUUUGCAGGGACCCCCCCCUCCUUUUUUGGGGUAUUUGGAGCACUUUGCAAACCCCCCUCUCUCCCAAAUCUCCUAUACAAUGAUCCUGUCUGUCUGCUUCAUCUUGACCCUGUGCCUUGGGCUCUGCCAGUGUCUGGGCUCUUUUGUGCACUGUGAGCCUUGUGAUGAGAAGGCCAUGUCUAUGUGCCCACCGACCCCUGUGGGCUGUGAGCUGGUGAAGGAGCCAGGCUGUGGCUGCUGUAUGACCUGUGCCCUGGCAGAGGGACAGUCCUGUGGGGUCUACACUGAGCGCUGUGCUGGGGGGCUCCGCUGCCUUCCUAAACAAGGGGAGGAGAAGCCUUUGCAUGCCCUGCUCCAUGGCCGGGGGGUCUGCCUCAAUGAGAAGAUCUACAGGGACCAGGUCAAAAUAGAGAGAGAAUCGAGAGAGGAAGAUCCGACUACUUCGGACACAGAAGACCAUUACCACCAGAAGCAGAGUUCUCGUAAGAUGUUGCCUGUAGUGUCCGAGCAGAAGGUCCGAGCUCUGAACAAUUAUCAGCGGAAAAAGCAGGCGGCCGCCAGGGUGGUGCAAGGGGAGAACAAGUCCCAAACCCUCUCCUCUCCAGAGUACAGCAUUGAGUCUGAACUGGGCCCCUGUCGUAGACAGAUGGAAACCGUCAUGCAAGACAUGAAAGUCUCCCAUCGUGUGUAUCCCCGGGCGUUCUACAUCCCAAACUGUGACAGGAAAGGAUUCUUCAAGAGAAAACAGUGCAAACCUUCUAGAGGCCGUAAACGUGGAAUCUGCUGGUGUGUGGACAAAUAUGGACUUAAGCUUCCAGGCACUGACUAUGCUACCGGUGAUCUGCAGUGUCACAGCUUCGACAGCAGCAACAUUGAAUGAUUCCCUGCUCGAUGACCUACUAUGGCUGGAUGGACUUGAUCACUCGUGGUUUUUUUGAUUAUUUUGUCUGGGAUGUCCACAAUGAUCUUUCCUAUUUUUUAUUUUAUUUUUUCCUCAUCUCAUCGGCAAUAGCAAAAAAAUAUAUAAAAUCUUAAAAGCUUUGGAAGAUAUAAAAAAAAAAAAAAAAGACAAUGAUGAAGAAGCUGAGGAAAGGAGAGAACUUCUCCAUAAGACAGUGUAAAGCUUGAGGCAACAGACAAGUGAAACAUUUUUCUAGAUUAGAGAAGGUCUGGGCCGACCCCAGAAGACGAUCUGUUGCUUUUAUUUUUUUUUCUUUAUUUUUGACAAAGGGAGAAGGUCCGGUAGGCUCAUGUUGGCUCCAUACUGUCCCUCUUCUGGUGUUGACUAAGUCCUAGCACAAUCCGAUUUAUUUUUACAUUCACAAAAAAAUAUUUUCUAUUCGGUUAAGUACUUGGUGACAGGUAACUCAAUAGGCUGGUCCCACCUAAAAUGAUGUCCCAGAGAAGGCCUAUUGGUCCUCCUGUCCAGGCCUACAGCAUAUAUCAGCUGCCUCCUCAGUGUCUCUUGGUAUAAAGGAGACCAUGGUGACACGUAUGUGAGGCGGUGAUAUUCUGACCGGUUUCUCACUGACUGAAGCUCCAGAAAUUACUAACCUGUCACUUUAACUGUUUUGAACUUUUUAUUUUUUAUUUGAGGGGCACAGGACACUUGUGAAAAUACACUCCACAUGUAUAAUGGUUGCUAUCUGUUCCUAGAAUUAUUUACUCAGCACAUUGACUCCAUGUCACAUGAGACAUGGUAUAGGUGACUCCCAGUGCCAGCUUACGGUUCACAAAGACCCUGUUUUAUUGGUGCCAAUAAAAUCUAAAAAGAAAAAUCUAAAAAAAUGACAGGGUCACUUACAUUUGAUCACAGCUGGAUCUGUAGAGAAUCCUUCCAGGUUCUUUUAUGCUUUCAAUACAGUAGUAAGUCCCAUGCCUUUUUUUUUUUUUUGUUCGUUUUUUGCAGAAAAGCUGUGACUUAUUUUUUUAUGUAGAAUUACAGUAUAUAUAUUUUAGGAAUUUUCUUAUUUUGCUUUUUUUUUUUUCAGUAGUAGCAAGAGAUUAAGAUAUCAGUCCUCACCCCCUUCCCUUGUCUGCCAAAGCAUCUUGCCAACUAUUAUUUGCCUAAUCUUGAAUUGCCUGUUUGAUCUGCCUCACGUUCUUGUAGAAGGUGUCCCCCGCUGGUCCAGGUUCCUAUUCACGAAUUUAAGGGCAAAUGGGCACUAAAGUAUAUAUUGGUGCGUUAUUUUUUUUUUUUUUUUUUAUGACUUUUCAAUAGUUUGUUGAAAAAGAUAUAAGCUACAAGCUCCCGGUUGCUCCUCGAGUCAAAGAUGGAAACUUGCCGGCUUGCGAGUGAUGAAGAGGUCACAUGACUAAAAUGAAGGCUUUAGCUACCACUUUUGUAAGUCUUACAAAGCCAUAGGGAAGUUUCCUUGGGAAUUGGUUAUAAUUUUGUGGAACAGACUUUUUUUUUUUAAGUCAGGAUCCUUUUGAAUAUUUUCUAUCCCGACAAACAUGGUGACGAGUCUCAUGGAAUCUACCACUUGUUUCAUAAAGGGACAAAAUGAUGAAAUAAAAGAACACUGCCAGACGUGCUAUCAGUAUGGACGGAAGAACAAAAUGUUUUAACCCUAAGUGUGCUGAGACUGAAAUGAGACAAGGUACAAAAGCCAAAAUAAGGAAAAUAAAAUAACGUAGUAGUUGUUUGGGUUUGGACUGCAGGUGGAGCCGCCAUGUUCUGCCAGUUAUCAUUGAGAAGAAUUGCUGAUGGUUACGCUUAUUCCUUAAUUUGCUGCCUUUUAAUCUUUAUAUGGAAAUGCAAGACAAUGAGUUAUUACAUGGACUUUGCAAGAGGGAAAAAAGACCCUAAUGUACUGGAACGCCCGUGGGACUGACAAUAGACGUUCAUUCACUUUUCUUUGGGAGAUGCAAUUUCUGAAUGUUAUCCAAUUUGUGUGGUGCCCCCUUUCUUGAAUGCUUUUUAUUACUCCUGGCACAAAAAAAAAAAAACUUUAUUUUUAUUUUUAUCUUUGUUGCUUUAAGACCACCGCUGGCUUUAACCAUUUAGAGAACCCGAUUUAUUCUGCUCCUGCACUAUUACGGAUGAGAAGGGGGUAAGCGCUGUCUCUUUGGCCUCAUGCACAUGGCCGCCAUAUUGUAUAGCCUGAGGUCUUCUGGAUUCUGGGGUCCAGUCUAGGACCAUAGACCUGUGUGGGUGCAAUAAUAACAGAGCUUGAGCCAUUACAUGGUUGUCUGCACCUAAACUCUUGGAUUUUGGGGUGCACAUAAUGUGAGCAGUCUCGUACAAAUCUCAAGUGAGGGUUGUCUCUAUAUAACUGUUUAUAGUAGGUGGAAUAACACUGUUCUAAUGUUAUGGAGCUUUGUAGGGUUGCUUAAAAAUUUUUUUUUAUUUUAAACAAAAGUUAGAUUUAUUUUUUUCAUAUGCCUUUUUUUGAUUUCAUAAAUGUAUUUUACUUUUAAACACCUUGCACUUUUGCCAUCACUGAUGGCAUCUGGUUAGGCUCAGGAUGGUUCAUGUAUGUUCAUGGUUUGGAGGUUCAGCAUCUCUGCAGACUAUUCAGGAUGAUUAUGAAGGGGAAGAUUAUAUGGGAUUAUAAAAUGACAGUU